AUGGAAAGAGAGCCUAUAACAGUAGCCGUGAAUACAACAGUCUAUAAAGGCCAAUCAAAAUCUCCAUUUGAACUUGUUUUCCGUUACAAACCAAAUUAUAAACAACAGGUCAAUAAUUUAAUCAUUGAAUGGAUGAAUAAAAAUCGAAUAGUCGAGUACAGUAGUGAGAUCGUCAGCAUCACAGAUUCUAAUUUCCCACUACAUAUUCACGCAAACGAAGUUACAGUAAUGCCAAGUGAGAAUAACAGCAAUUCUACAAUAACCGUGAACUCCAUGCUUGUCGAUACAUUUCAAACUGUCGCUGAGCCAUCCACAGUAACACACAAGCCAACAUCAAAAACAUUAGCAAUUAGGUUCAAUCUUUCGAGCGAAAUAACUAACAUAGUAGAGCAAUUAUUAUGCAACAUAACACCAUCUAAAAUUACUUUAUCCACAAAAGCAUUAGCGGCUCAGGACAUUGAACUAAUUAGUAAUGCAUUAAAGGUAAAUCAAAAUCUAACUCAACUGCACUUGAGUGAUCACAGAAGUGCUGAAAAUGGUGUUCCAGCAUUAAGUGAUGCAUUAAAAGUAAAUCAAAGUCUAACUCAACUGCACUUGAGUGAUAACAGAAUUGGUCAAAAUAGUGUUCGAGCAUUAAGUGAUGCAUUAAAAGUAAAUCAAAGUCUAACUCAACUUGAUUUGAGUUGGAACAGAAUUGGUGAUAAUGGUGUUCGAGCAUUAAGCGAUACAUUAAAAGCAAAUCAAAGUCUAACUCAACUUGAUUUGAGCAGUAACAGAAUUGGUGAUAAUGGUGUUCGAGCAUUAAGUGAUGCAUUAAAAGUAAACCAAAGUCUAACUGAACUGCAGUUCAGUUUUAACAGAAUUGGUAAAAUUGGUGCUCAAAUAUUAAGUGAUGCAUUAAAAGUAAAUCAAAGUCUAACUCUGCUUGAUUUGAGUAGUAACAGAAUUGGUGAUAAUGCUGUUCGAGCAUUAAGUGAUGCAUUAAAAGUAAAUCAGAGUUUAACUCGACUUAGUUUGACUUAUAAGGAAAUUGGUGAUAAUGGUGCUGAAACAUUAAGUGAUGCAUUAAAAGUAAAUCAAAGUCUAACUCAUCUUGCUUUGACUUUUAACAGAAUUGGUGAUAAUGCUGUUCGAGCAUUAAGUGAUGCAUUAAAAGUAAAUCAGAGUCUAACUCAACUUAAUCUAAGUUUUAACGAAAUUGGUGAUAAUGAUGCUCAAACAUUAAGUGGUGCAUUAAAAAUAAAUCAAAGUCUAACUCACCUCGCUUUGAGUUUUAAGAGAAUUGGUGAUAAUGGUGUUCGAGCAUUAAGUGAUGCAUUAAAAGCAAAUCAGAGUCUAACGCGUCUUAGUUUGACUUAUAAGAAAAUUGGUGAUAAUGGUGCUCAAACAUUAAGUGAUGCAUUAAAAAUAAAUCAAAGUCUAACUCACCUUGGUUUGACUAUGAGCACAAUUGGUGAUAAUGGUGCUGGAGCAUUAAGUGAUGCAUUAAAAGCAAAUCAAAGUCUAACUCACCUUGGUUUGGUUAGUAGCGGAAUUGGUGAUAAUGGUGUUCGAGCAUUAAGUGAUGCAUUAAAAGUAAAUCAGAGUCUAACUCAGCUUGAUUUGAGUAGUAACAGCAUUGGUGAUAAUGGUGCUCGAGCAUUAAGUGAUGCAUUAAAAGCAAAUCAGAGUCUAACACUACUUGAUUUGUGUUUUAACGAAAUUGGUGAUAAUGGUACUCAAACAUUAAGUGAUGCAUUGAAAGUAAAUCAGAGUCUAACUCACCUUGGUUUGAUUAGUAGCAGAAUUGGUGAUAAUGGUGCUGAAGCAUUAAGUGAUGCAUUAAAAGUAAAUCAGCGUCUAGCUCAACUGCAGUUGAGUAGUAACAUAAUUGGUGAUAAUGGUGUUCGAGCAUUAAGUGAUGCAUUAAAAGUAAAUCAGAGUCUAACUCAACUUGAUUUGAGUAGGAAUAUAUUUGGUGAUCAAGCGAAAUAA